AUGAAAUACCCAUCAACAAACACCGGACAAUCAUUGAGAAACGAGUACUUCACACAGAAAAGACUCAGAGAGGCAGAACGUCGGAAUCUUUUGAUUCGAGAUUCUUCGGAAGAGUUUGUGAAAGAAAUUCCAAGACCAGAGCUUCUAGACCAGUAUCGAUCUCCAAAUCAAGGUACAAACAUCAAAUCAGUCCAAGAUGAUCCAAUUGACCACCCACCACAACAACUUUCAAUGGGUUAUCAAGAGUUUCGUCAAGAUCGACAAAGCGCGGAAAUGACAGGGACCUAUCAAGAGCAAUUAGGCGAUUCACUUGGAUACGAAGAAAUGGCACACGUCGAGUUGCACAUUGAGGGAGAUUCUCGGGGAAUCAAGAAAGAGCAAGUCGCUCACACUCAUAUUGCUUCAUCGCAAGGAAAUCAAAAACCGAAUGAACGAGUCCCAACAAGCCAUUCGCAUGAAACUCAACUCAUCGACAAGCAUGAAGAACAUCCACAUGAACAUAAACACAAAACGAUUCUAGGGAAAACGUCAUCAGCAAUCAACAGAGCUCUAGAAAAUCUUCAUAUCAAGAAAUCGAAGAAAGAGACAAGAAGUGGAUCCUCUGGAUCAGAGGGAAGUCGAAAGAAUACACAGGAGAUUCAUAUUGUUUCGCAAGCUAUUGCUGAUCCACAAGAUCCGGAUAAUAUCGAGAAUCGUUUGCUUAGAUCUGGUGUACCACAUGUGGAUAAAACUCGACUCAAUCAAUUGGAAAGAGCUCACGAAGUCAACGAGAUUCAUUUUGAUCAACAACCUUUAUCGGAAACGGAAAGUGAUGCAUCGACGGUGAUCUUGAAAGAAAAACCACAGGAAGAGAGUAUUUCGGCUACAGUUCAUGUACAUCGACAGGGUGAACACAUUCACACAAAAAUCUCCCAAUCUGUUGAAGAGAUUCACGGGGUUGAGCCACGGUUUGAGCCACCGAUUCCACCAAGGGCACCGCUUGGCUCACUCACUCCACCACCAAUUCCACCGAAAAGUUAUCGAGGCGAAGAUGAUGCUAUGUAUGUACAAUACAAUCAACCAUCACCGAUUCCACCAAGAAAAGUGCCGACAACACCGAUUUCCACUUAUAAUCCAUAUACUGUUCAAAGUGAAAUCGAUAAAGAAGUGAUAGAAGUGGGAAGUGUCGAUAGAGAAGUGAUGGAAGCGAAUCGAAAUAAGACUUUCUCUCCUGAGCCAGUUAUUGAUGAAGCUGGAUAUGCUGUUCCGGAAAGAGUUCUCUCACCACCACCUGAGUCAAAUAAAGAUAAGAAAUGGACAUGGAAAGGAACGAAUUUAUCAUCGAGAAGCCGAACUCCGACCGAUUAUGAAGUGGCUAAUUUGAUGGCUGAAACGGCUAGAAUUGAUUUGAUUCACGAGUAUCAAACGAGUCAAGAGAUUCCACAUAUGGUUGAGCCGAAUCACGUGAAGAGUCCCGUUGAAAUGGAAAGGGUUUUGAGUCCGGUGUUAAGCCGAGAGCAUGAGGGGUUAACAAAAUUGCGCUAUGAUGAUGAGCUUGAAGAACAGCUGAGAGCAUCAAUCCUUCACGCAACAAAAUCCCUCACUCAAACCGAGAAGAAACAGGAAACUAAGCCCCAUAAACAGCCGAUCGAAUACGCAUCAAUCAAUCGCUCACCGGCAACAGUUCAUCAGCAAUUUGAUGCAACUUUUUCUACAACAUCCAGCAUUUCUUCCACAGAUAUUGUUCAUGAGGUGAUGUCUCGAAGAAAUCUCCGUCUUGAUGGAGUAUCGAUUCGACCAAUCGACACGACAAUCACUCCACCAUCGACUCCAAUGACAAAUCUUUCAUCGGUGCCAACACACUCAAUCGGGGAUUAUUUGAGAAGCACGGAUAGUCAUCUAUCAACACAUCACGAGCACGAAUUUCACGAUUUAGUUGAUGGGGAAAAGAGUGAAUCGAAAAAGAGUUCUCCAAUCUACGAUGAGGUAGCUCGCGAUUCAUCAGUGAAUUCAUCGAUUCACACACCGACAACACCAACACCAAUUGCUGCCAAAAGAUCGCCAACCACCAUCCACAAAUCCAUUCCAUCGCCUCAAGCUUUUGCCCCGAAAUCGCCAAUCACCACCUCCAAUCCCAUUCGAUCAGCUCAAAUUUCUGGUCCAAAAUCGCCAAAUCGAUACGAGUUUGUCGAUGGAAAAAAAGAGGCUCAGUUCUUGAAAAGCAAUUUAUUGAAUGAGAUCAAAGAAAAGGCAAAGAAUCACGAGUAUGAUGAAGUUGCAAGAGAUGAGAAACCGAAAAAGAACGAGAAAAUCGGGAUUUCAAAUCAACAACAGCAAGGAUAUCAUCACGUUCUGAACACUGGCGCCUACACAUCGACGGUGGAGACAAGUUUUGGAGAUGAGAAUGUCUAUGAAGAGAUUGAUCAAUAUCAGAUUAACGCUGUGCAAAGAGCUCCUCCACCAAUCCCUCAAUCAGCCAUUCCACAACGAGUUCAAAUGGCUCGAGAGACAUUUGCGCAUAAACAAGAUUCGAGUGAAGAGCGAAGAUACGAGGGAAAUCGCUAUCACGAUGAAGCGGCUUUUGGUGAAAUUGGCGAAGAUGAGGCGCUUGAUUGGGAGCUUAUCUACACGACAAAUGCAAUUCGACAAAUGAGUCGAAAUAAUAAAUGGAGAGAGAGUAUUCUUAAUAAAGAUCGCAUACCAAAGCCACCAAAGAAGCAACAAAAGGAAAUACCCGAUGUUUUGCCGAAAAACUCGCCAUUUGUUGCGAAAACUGUCGAGCCUCCGCGAAGUAAGACGCCGACUUCAUGGACAAAAAACGAGGGUUUCACCUUUUCGGUUCCCGGGAUACAAAGGAUUGAUUCAGAGGAAACAGAUGAUCCAUCAUUGGAUUUGAAAGAGAGAUGGGGGAAAAUUCUGAACGAAGAAUCGAAAGGCGACGUUUGGAAAGAGGAAAGAGUCGAGAGAAAACAUGUGCCACCACAUGUUACAAAUAUCGGUGCAACAGGCUCACAAAUCCGCGUCCCAAGCGUUCCAUUGCCUGUUCAACAUUCUCAUCCACAACCUAUCAACCUUCAAAAACCGCAAAAUCUUCCCCAAUCUCAACGAUCUCCUUCAACUCCUGAUGCUCAUUAUUAUCAAGGAUUUGUCAAAGACAUUCGACAAAUCUACUCCCAACCAAAUCCAGUGAAAUGGGAAAGAAGUCAAUCAGUCGGAAACAUUUACGAAGUUCCAAGAGGGAAUCCUCGUCUAAAUCAAUCGAAACGAGAGACGCAACCGAUUGUGAUCGAGAAAUUGGAUCGACCAGUCUCUACUCCAAAUGUGACACGAACCGAAACUGUGACAACACCGACAUUCGUGAAACAAUCAACGAGCAGUCAUGUGGAUACACCGGCAAGAGAAACAUUCAGUGCAACGAGUCCAGCUCGGCUGAUGAGUCCGCGAAGAUUGGAGAGUCCUCGGCCAAGACCCGUUGAUUUGAGUUCACUCAGAGCUGAUCGCGAGUAUCGUUUCUACUCUCUCCGCACACCAAGCCCGUCAACUCCAAAAAGGACGCCAAGUCCAGUCUUUAGAGAAUACGCUCAAGUUCAAUCUCGUGUCGAAAGCACAUCAAAGGAUGAACCGAUUUAUGAUGAAGUUCAAGAAGUUCAAGAAGUUCAAGAAAUUCGACAACCAUCUCCAGUCAAACAAUUCUAUUCGCCAACUUGGCAGAGAAUUGAGCAAGAAAUCGCUCGAUCCAAUGCCCAAUAUAUUGAUGAAACGACUCAACAUUAUCAUGAACACCGUCAACACCAUGAAGUACACCGAAGUGAAGAAGCUCAUCAUCAUCAGGAUCAUCACCACCAUCAACAUGUUCACCAUCAACAUGUUCACCAUCAUCCAGAGACAAGAGUUGAAAAUGAACCGCAUGAUUCCCAUCACCAUCACCAUACCGAUUACAAACAUUUGAAUGGGCACUCGAAAAUGAGUGACGAAGAACGAUUCGUGAUCAUUGGAUUGGCUAGACCCAAACCGUUUGUGGAAGCGACUUAUGAGGCUGUUGAGCGGAAAGGGACCUCAAAUUUGGAGGUAAAGGAGAGUCCGAAUAACAAGCUCACACCAACUGAGGGAGGAAAAUGGCAAGUGGAAAGAUAUGAAGAUGAGGAUGUUGAAAAGAGAACAAUUCCUGUAUUUCAAGGACAUGUCAUGCAUGAUGGAAGAGAGAUGACAGUUUUCCCUUUGGCUUCCGCUCAUCACGUUGAUCAAGUUCAUUAUCAAUUAGGAGAAAAUCAAAGACCACCUGGAAUCCCCGAACAUAUCGAUCUAACAAAUGCUGAAGAAGUGGUUGUUGAAACGAAAACGAAAGUCGUCACAACGGUUAAGAGGAGAGCAUUGACAGGUGAACUCUUCGAGGAGAAUUAUUCAAGUGAAUCGAGUGGUUUCCCCCGAUCAGUCCACAUGGAUUCACCUGUGCAAAGACUUUAUGGAGCUCAAACCCUCGAGCAUCCACACCUCGAAUCGCCAUUGAGUCGACGAAGUCCUCGACGGGAAAUGAUCGGCGAUGGGGCGAGUCCAAUUUACGAUACCGUGCAUUCGACUCCCGAUCAUUCACACUCGCAAAAUCUCGGUGCCGAGGAUCGAGUGCCAGCUACACCAUUACAGGAACAUUUCGAGACACAAAGAUCACAGCCUGAGUAUCGCUCAAUCGGUACUAGUCCACCGGAAAAACUUUCCCCGGACGCUGAAGGGCAAUAUUUCGAUCGUAACGGUGAAUUGAGAAGAUCGUGGCCGGUGAAGACUUACGAGGGAAAUCAAUUACAACUCGGCACACAUAAAUACAAAUUGAAAAAAAUGCCUGAUUUAGAUUCAGGUAUCGGAAGUGGAGAGAGACCGAGUCCGGAAAGGAAUGGAGAGGAGACGCCCGCUUUGAGGGAUUGGGAUCCACGAGUCAUGCUUCAUGCACUUUAUGAGCUCUCCUAUCAACCUCGACAGGAAACGAAAAGAGAUCGUUUUGUGAAUAUGGAGGGCCACGUCGAAGUGCCAUCUGAUGAAACAGCGACUGUCGCUGAAUUAGAAAGGAAUUGGAAAGAACAAUAUAUGAAAACAAAAGAUGGACGAUUACAAGUAUUUGUGACUCAUUACGCGGGUGAGGCUCCAGUUCAAGAUGUGUCUCUUCACGGAAUCGAGAUUGAUGCGAAUAGAGAAGAUCGAACAUUGCUUGUCCAUGGAGGAAAGGAAAAGAUCAAGGUUUUGCUGAGGAUCAAAAAAUGCGACACAGCGGAGACGUUCGACAAAUGGAGACAAGCUCUUCUCUCACACGCUGCCGCUUCCCGUUUGGAUCAAUAUGUGGAACCGGUGCAAAGAGCCCUUCCACACAUCUCAAAGCGAAUUGUGAUUCUGGAGCUUGGUUCGACGUCGAUUCGAGCAGGGAUUCUUCAUCAGAAACCGAAAUUGCCACAAGUUUUCUUCCCGGCAAUUGGUUGUGUUCUAGAAAAUGGGCAGAUCAUUGUCGGAAAUGAAGCCUAUGAGCCACAGAAUCGACAACAAGGCGAGCUCGUGCGAGCGAUUCAAUGUGAUCCGUCAAUUGAGAGAUACACCGUCGACAAAGCCGUGACAAGAGCUUGUAUCGAGAGAGUGAUUCGAGAGCUUGCAAUCGAUCCAACGAGCAACCACGUCCUUCUCUCAUUACCUCAAAAUAUCCCCUCAUCGAUCAUUGGAGAACUUCUACAGACACUUCUCGGCGAACUUGGAUUCAGGGCAGCUGGAAUCACCCGUCAGCCAUCAUUAAUCCUUUAUUCGUAUGAUGUGACGACGGGAGUUGUUGUCGAUAUUGGUGAUCGAUUGAAUAUCGUGCCGGUUAUUGAUGGGUAUAUGGUCGAGUCGGCGGUUGUCUCGAUUCCGAUGGGCGCUCAGCAAAUCAGAGAUUCCCUCAGAACAUCACUUGCCUCACAUAAUAAGGGUCUCUUCUCUUUCCAAACGCCGUGUGAGCGCUUGAUUCUGCGAUACGUGAUGGAACAUUCAACUUAUGUUCCAUCUGACUAUGAUGCCGAGUCACGAACCGGUGGAGACAAAAAGAGUAUCUCGUUGACACAAUUCAGACCAACGCCCAGUAUGCCAACACAAUUUGAAAUUGAUGACUCUCGUUUCACAUGUACUGAGGGUUUAUUCCGACCAAAGAAAUGGGCACUUGAAUCAAAGGGAAUACACCAAUUGGUUCACGAUUCAGUCACACAAUCACCAAUCGAUAGUCGACGAACACUCUACAAAAACAUCUUUCUUGGUGGCGGAGCAUCACUUCUUCCAGGAUUGGCUGAGAAAUUGGAGGCUGAGUUGGCGGCUAUUGUUCCAUCAACAAUUCAUGCACAGGUUCACAUUUCUCCAUGGCGUUAUCACGCGGCUUUCCUCGGUGCUCAGGUGUUCGCCUCAGCAUCCUCUUUCGAGGAUCAAUGCAUCGGCGCCAAAUGUGGGGUGAAAGCACAAGAAAUUCCCUCAAAUCACCAAAAUCUUUAUGAACGAUCCAUUCGGAGUUUUCCCUAUUCGAUGACGUUGGUGAAUCUAGUGCCUACCGCUCGUGAAAAUGUUUAUGUAGCGGAUUUAUCGAAGAAUUGGAAAACUGGAGAAGAAGAUAUUGAAGAUCUUCUGGAAACAUUGCAAAGAGAAGAUCAACCAUCAAGGAAACAAAAAAGAUACGCUUGCCGUUUCAAGUUCUGCAGAAUAUUCGAUGCU